CUGAAUUGCAUCAACUCUUUUCUUAUUCAUGAUGGCAUAACACAGUAUAAUUAGCAGUCUACAGUUACCUAUUUUGGAUCAAGUUGUCUAAGUUUUAUGUAUGCAUCCAACAAAGUGCGUUAAAAUAAAAAAAAUAAAUUGGAGUAAAAAAAAAAUACUGUUUGUGGUAAAAAAAAAAGUGUAAAAAAAAAAUUGGUUAUAUUUAGUGCAUGACGACAUGGUAUUUCUGGGCAACACCCCCACAUUAUAUUAAUAAAUUCAUUAAAAUAAUAUAGCCAACAGUGAACACCAUCAUAACUUGUUUUUAAUUUUCAUAUUGAUAAUAAUUAUUUUGACAGUUGAUAAAUUGUCAAAAUGGAAGAUAUAUUUCAGUGGUGUCGUGAAGGAAAUGCAAUGCAAAUACGUGUUUGGCUAGAUGACACUGAGCAUGAUAUGAAUCAAGGUGAUGAUCAUGGAUUUAGUCCUUUACAUUGGUGUGCCAAAGAAGGUCAUACAAAAUUAGCUGAAUUAUUGGUAACAAAAGGUGCACGUAUAAAUGCAACAAAUCGUGGUGAUGAUACACCAUUACAUUUAGCAUCAGCACAUGGACACAAAGAUAUUGUACAAUUAUUAUUACGUAAUCGUGCUGAUGUUAAUGUUACAAAUGAACAUGGUAAUACAGCAUUACAUUAUUCAUGUUUUUGGGGUGAUGAUAAAAUAUCAGAAGAACUUGUUGCUGCUGGUGCAUUAGUAUCAAUUGCAAAUAAAGAUGGUGAUACACCAUUAGAUAAAUCAAGUGGACAAUUAGCUAAACGUUUACAUCAACUUGCUGUUGAAUUUGGACAAGAUUUAAAAAAAAUACAAUUUAAAGAUCAAAGUUGGCUUGGUUUAAAAACAAGAAGUCGUGAUGCAACAUUAUCAAGAUAUAAAGGUAUUAAUAUGAAUGAGUUAUCACUUCAUACACAUCUUGCUAGUAGUACAAGUGGUGAAACAUGGCGUGGUAGAUGGCAAAAUAAUGAUAUUGUUGCUAAAAUAUUAAAUUUACGUGAAUGUACAUCAAGAAUAUCACGUGAUUUUAAUGAAGAAUUUCCAAAAUUACGUAUAUUUUCACAUCCAAAUGUAUUACCAGUACUUGGUUGUGUUAAUCAACCACCACAAUUAGUAACUGUAUCACAAUAUAUGGCUAGAGGUAGUUUACACAGAUUAUUACAUGGUGGUACUGGUGUUGUUGUUGAUACAGCAAGAGCACUUAGACUUGCACUUGAUGUUGCUAGAGCUAUGGCAUUUUUACAUGGUUUAGAAAGACAAAAUCGUUGUCGUUAUAGUCUCAACAGUAAACAUGUUAUGAUUGAUGAGGAUCUUACGGCUCGUGUAAAUAUGGCAGAUUCAAAGUUUUCAUUUCAAGAAGUUGGUCGUAUUUAUGAGCCAGCUUGGAUGUCGCCUGAAGCACUGAGUAAACGACCAGCUGAUAUUAAUUUAGAAGCAAGUGAUAUGUGGAGUUUCGCUGUAUUAUUAUGGGAACUUGCAACAAGAGAAGUACCAUUUGCUGAUUUAUCACCAAUGGAAUGUGGCAUGAAGAUUGCUUUGGAAGAUUUAAGGGUUGAUAUACCACGUGGUAUAUCACCACAUCUUGCUAAAUUAAUUCGUAUAUGUAUGAAUGAAGAUCCUGGCAAACGUCCAUCAUUUGAUAUGGUUGUGCCAAUUUUAGACAAAAUGAAACGUUAAUUUUUUUAAUAUAUAUUAUUUUUAUUAAACUAAUAUAUUAAUUAUAAAUUUAUUUUUAAUUUACUUCUUUUUUUUUAACAAUUGAAAUAUUGUUUUCCGGUGCUGCCAGUUAAUUAAUAACUAUUUUAUAUCAAAAUAUAUUUAUAUAUUAUAUUUACAAUUUUAUUUUUCUAACAUAGAAAUUUUAAAACAAAAUAAUCAAUCAAUUCAAGUGCCUUGAUAUAAGUAUAUAUAUUUUUUUUUAAUUUUUAAAAAUAUUACUGUUAUAUUUUUAUGCCAAAUAUUUUUGGAAAAAUUAAAUAAAUAUUUAUUUAAUUAAAAAAUAUUUUUAAAAAAUUUUAAUUUACAUACUAGACAUUUUAAAUAAUAAAAAAUACAUUAAAUUUGAUCAUAAGAAAUUUAAUUAACAAAAAAACAACAUAUGAAAAUUAUUUAAUGGACUUUUUCCAUUUAACCCAACUUGAAAAUUAAAUACUCAUCCAAGUGUAAUUAAAUAAAAUAUAAAAGAAAAACAAUUUAAUAAUUAAAAAAAUAAAAACAAAUUUUAUCGUUGAAAUUUUAUUUGUUAAAAAAAUUAAUGAAAUAAUUAAAAUUAUUUUAUGUCUUCUUGAAGCAGUAUAAACAGUGCUU